GGCAUCAAAGUUUUUCGCAAACACAAGUUUCCCAGCGCAGGAGAUGAGUCGCCGAUUCGCUUUAGUCCUCGUUUGCCAUUUGGUCAUCUACCACCGACUUCCAUGUUCAGCCGAAACGAGAGGGAUCGAAAUUGCUCGAAUUUCAAGGGGCACGUUGAAUUUUGGAAUGCAAAAAAUCAUCGGUGGAGAGCCAACAAUCAUUGAAAAAUAUCCAUACGUGGUAUCUCUACAGGAAAACGGAACGUUUUUUGGCCACGACUUUGAGCACUUUUGCGGUGGCAAUAUCAUAAAUGAAAAGUGGAUUCUUACUGCUGCCAAAUGUUGCUACGGAAAAAAGCCAAGUCAAUUUCACGUUCGACUUGGCUCGAAAUUGUACUACACGGGUGGUCGGAUUCACGAGAUCGAGAGUAUUGAGAUUCAUCCGAACUACGACGAAAUCACGUGGGACUACGACGUAGGAUUACUGAAGCUGCGAGAGACUAUAAUCUUCAGCGAGAAAGUACAACCGAUCCGGUUACCGAAAGCCGAUUGUGUGCUGCAGGCUGGCUCUAUCCUAGAAAUCGUCGGUUGGGGCUCGACGAAACUAUUGGGUUUGCCAUCGAACGUUCUGUAUCGCAACAGUAUGUUGACGAUAAACCGGAGCGAAUGUGAAAGCGUGUACUCGCCAGAUGCGCUGACCGAUCGCAUGUUCUGCGUGUUAAGGGAAGGCCACGGACCUUGCAUCGGAGAUACCGGCUCACCGGCUGUUAUCGAUGGUGUUCUCAUUGGUGUAGCCUCCUGGAGUCAAUCGUGCGCUUACAAGUACCCGACCGCUUACGCCAGAUUACCGGAAAUGGUCGACUGGAUUAUCAAAGUAACAGGGAACUCAUCGCCACGAGCCAACAACGCUAACAACAACGAUCCAACGUUGCCGAGAGCUUCCCAUUGAUCUGACUUCAAAUUUACUUCUGAGUCGAGCUGUCGCAAGAUUAUUCUUCUUUACAAUAAAAUGAAGGCAUUUCGGAGCGUUGGGGUAAGACGCCCGAUUUGUGGUUUAUUCUGAAUAUCUUGAAUUUCAAAUAAAUAUAAAUUCAAAUCGGCCGUUUUAUGACUAAACAAGUCUGCAACUACUUUAUGUUGAUUAAAUUCAAGUCUAAAUUAUCAAUUAAAUUAAUAAACGCACUCACAUUGAGAAUAUUUUUAUCACAAGAAUGUUAUAAAAUGCUUUAAAAUCAUCAUUAAAGAUUAAAUUUAUACUUCAACUAGUUAAUGAUUGAGUCGGUACCGAUGAGACUUUAAAUACACAUAACAUAGGGAACAUUUUUAUUGCGCGAAAGAAAGUUUAUAUCGGUGUAAUGGCACCGAGAAAAAGGAAUGGUCAAUUCGUUAAAAAAAGCGAAGCUAAUAGACGAAUAAAAGUACGUGAGUCAGUCUCAAAAAUAAAUUUGAUGAAAUUUCCACGAUUCCCGAAUUUGUCUGAAGUCCAAUAAGCUGUGAAUAGCAGUCCAACGUAAUGACUGACAUCCGCUUUCGACAGGAAAAGAAACGGAAUCUGUGAUUAAUUUUCUUCACGAUAUAAACUUUUCCGAAGCUCGAACACCGUACAAUUUUUUCACAAUUAAUACUAUUGUGAGUUUUCCCAUAGGGUACCGUGUUAAAAACUGAAAAUUGCGAAUAAACUAAUUCAAAAUUUUACCCUGCAAGAAGCUCCGGAACUGUGCUCAUCGUUAUCAGGGGACCUUAAACUAUCAUUUACCACAACAAAAAAAUGAUCUUGAACUUCACUUUUGAAUAAUUCUUUCAUACUCGGUCGAUUUAUUUUGUAAUCAAUCGCCCAAA